AUGGCUAAAGGACUUUGUGUCCUUAAACAUUCAUCAGGAACAACCUAUGCUUUGGGUAAAUACCUGACUUAUGACAAACUAUCUCCCAAGUACCAGGAAUGCAUAGCAAAAUCAACUACUACUACUGAACCUACCAACCACAGUGAAGUUGUGAAAGAUCCUGGAUGGAUAGAAGUAAUGAAAAAUGAGAUUAAUGCACUUGAAGGGAAUCAAACUUGGGAGAUCGCUAGUCUACCUGAAGAGAAGAAACCUAUAAGAUGCAAAUGGAUCUUCAAAGUAAAAUACAAAGCUAUUGGUGAUGUAGAAAGAUUCAAAGCUAGAUUGGUUACUAAAGGUUAUAGUCAACAAGAGGGAAUAGACUUCCAAGAGACAUUCUCACCUGUUGUUAUGAUGAAAACAGUGAGAGCAAAUCUUAUUAUUGCAUAUCAAAAACAGUGGUACAUACAUUAG